AUCAUGUUACUGAAGUUGGAGGAGAAAGCCAACCUGACACUGGCUGUGCGGACACUCCCCUUCUACCCCAUGUCACCUUCAUCUGUCCUGGAGAAUGUGCCAGGUGGCUGGCUGGGAAGAACAGGUGUGAAGGAACCAGCCUCCAGCACUCUGCAAGAGGUGAAGCUGAGACUCAUGGAGCCCCGGGCCUGUAGCCACUUCCCUGCUUUUGACCACAAUCUCCAGCUGUGUGUGGGCAAUCCCCAGAGCACAAAAUCUGCUUUUAAGGGAGACUCAGGGGGCCCUCUUCUGUGUGCUGGGGUGGCCCAGGGCAUUGUCUCCUAUGGACUGUCCAAUGCAAAGCCCCCCGCCGUCUUCACCCGGAUCUCCCCUUACCGGCCCUGGAUCGAUGAGGUCCUGAAAGAGAAUUAA